AUGGCGUCACAAUCCAGUAUUGCCAACUCUUCUUUUAUUGACGAUUGCAUUAAUUGCUACGAAGAUCUUGGACUUUUCAGUGAAAAUGGCGACGCACGCAAGGACCCAGUCUUCCCCAAAGAGGAAGCAAAUGAUCUACACAGGAGAAUCAAAGAAGUAGCCCAGUCUUUCAAAGCUGCCUAUAGGAAUGAUAGGGAUAAGCUCCUGGCUGAUCUGAUCAAAGAGGAUGCUCUUGCCGAUCAAGUACAAGAGUUGGGCGAAUCCUACGGGCAUCUACUCUGGGGUGGACCUGAGAGGUGUACAACACGAUAUGUGGGACAGGUAGUCAACCUCGAUCAGCUCAAUUGGGAUGAUGAGACCGACCAGAAAUUAAUUCGCUUUUAUUUGCGUUGCUGGAUCACCAGAGUCGCCGUCCAGAGUCUACCACAUAAGGGAAAAGUAAAGGGCAAAGUUAGAGCCAACACAACAAUCGAGCAUGACAAUUCAGACGUCGAAUACUCGGGAGCAGACUUUGUCCGAACUCCGCCGCGCGCGAAAGAUGUAUCGUCCUCGGAACUACCGAUCCGCGCUCCGGAAGUGCCCUCGAUGCUUCCUCCUGCAGAUCGAUCUCGAACCGAGCGAACAACUGUACAAACAGGGUCCAUUAUCGCAUCAGACGCCACCAUGGUGUCUGAUGCCGGUUCUCGAUCCCCCGCAACGCCUAACAAACGCAAAGCGCCACACCUACAGGGUCAGGAGUCGUCGGGCAAAUUACAAAAAGUGACGAAAGAGGCACUAGCAAGUACAAUCUCGUCCCAAAAUCGACAGCGGCAUGUAUUCUCGGGAUCCGUAUCGCCCGGUCUUAAUUUUCCCGCGUUUCCAAUCGGACAGGCUCAGAGACGACAGAGAGAAAGCACAUGCGAUACCGAUGUGACAUGGGCACCCCCAGAGAUGGAAAGAGUCGAGACCGAAGCCGUCAGUGACCUCAAUCAUGUGACGGGAGAUACGCAAGAAGCAUUGUCGGGUGCUGGGUUGGAAAACGAUAUAAACGGUUUCGACGCCCACCGCUCGCCCACUGCUGGACCGUCUGGCACUUACCGCAACCCUCGAAGACAGGACUCAGUCAUUCCUUCUCCUCAACAUGGUACAAGUAACCCACAAUCCACCCGUACUCAAAGCAUAUUCCAUACAGAUAUGGACAUUAUCAGCACUAUCAAACAACGUAACUCGUGGCACACAACUCAAGUCGAUGUAGGCAGUCUUGAUAAGUGGCACCUCAAACAGCUUCGCAUGGAGCUAUUCAAGCUGCUUCUAUCCUUUCUGAACGGCAUCAAUCAAUUCGGCGCCGAAACUUACGAGCAUGAUGCCGAAAGAUAGGUUAAAUCACCUCCUUGUUCAACUCUGGAUCAACGAUGCUGAUGUCAUUCGCUCCAAAAUUGGUCAAUGAAUUUGCAGAGGUAAAAAACGUAUGGGAUCAUUGUACGAAUAUGCGGCUUUUAUUGGCCGAGUUCCAGCAUACCACAGGCUACUUUGGGAGACCUGGUAAUAGCUGGAAGGAGCACCUUCGGCAGAUGGAACGAGUAGACCACGCGAAAGCAAGUAUUGCUUUCAUCGACAUGAAACGCGCGGUUUCUAACCAAGGGUUUGCCUCUGUUAUUGGACCUCACUUCAAUAAUCGACUCGCGACGUUAUUUGAUCUGCUCACUCAGGUUGAGGGAUGCAACGGAGUGGAAGAGUUUGGAGCUUUAUCUUCAUAUAAUGCGGAGCUUCUGGAGUGGUUUUCAUGAAUUACGACGACGAUAUCCGUCGAACCGUUAAUAUAUGACAUAUAAC